UUUCUCGCGUAUAAUAUUAACUGAAAAACUCUACUUAUACAAAAACCAAAUUCUCUCUUUCAUUUCUCGCUCUGUCUUUUUCUCUCUCUAACCUAUCAGCUCGAUCUCUAACCGUUACGAUCUGCAAAAAUGCCUCUCAGACUUGAAAUAAAGAGGAAACUUGCUCAAAGAUCAGAGAGAGUAAAAUCUGUGGAUCUACAUCCAACUGAACCAUGGAUUCUAGUGAGUCUGUAUUCAGGGACUGUUUGCAUCUGGAACUACCAAUCACAGACUAUGGCAAAAUCAUUCGAGGUCACUGAGUUACCAGUUAGGUCAGCUAAGUUUAUAGCGAGGAAGCAGUGGGUUGUUGCUGGAGCUGAUGACAUGUAUAUCCGUGUGUACAAUUACAAUACAAUGGAUAAAGUUAAAGUGUUUGAGGCACAUACAGAUUACAUUAGAUGUGUGUCUGUCCAUCCUACCCUUCCAUAUGUUCUGUCAUCAUCUGAUGAUAUGCUCAUCAAGCUCUGGGAUUGGGAGAAGGGUUGGGUGUGUACACAGAUAUUUGAGGGGCAUUCUCACUAUGUGAUGCAAGUGACCUUUAAUCCAAAGGACACCAACACUUUUGCUAGUGCAUCCCUUGAUCGCACUAUAAAGAUUUGGAAUCUUGGCUCUCCCGAUCCAAAUUUUACUUUGGAUGCCCAUCAGAAAGGAGUAAAUUGCGUUGACUACUUUACUGGUGGUGAUAAACCGUAUCUAAUUACUGGUUCUGAUGAUCAUACUGCUAAGGUGUGGGACUAUCAAACCAAAAGUUGUGUUCAGACACUUGAAGGCCAUACCCACAAUGUCUCUGCAGUAUGUUUCCAUCCAGAACUUCCAAUAAUAAUCACUGGUUCUGAAGAUGGGACAGUACGCAUAUGGCAUUCCACAACUUACAGGCUUGAGAACACAUUGAAUUAUGGACUUGAAAGAGUUUGGGCGAUUGGGUACAUGAGAAGUUCACGCCGUAUUGUGAUUGGUUAUGAUGAAGGAACAAUCAUGGUUAAAAUUGGUCGAGAAGAACCUGUGGCUAGUAUGGAUAACAGUGGAAAAAUAAUAUGGGCCAAGCACAAUGAGAUUCAAACUGUAAACAUUAAGAGUGUGGGUGCAGAUUUUGAGGCUACAGACGGAGAAAGAUUGCCUUUGGCUGUUAAGGAGCUUGGAACAUGUGAUCUUUAUCCACAAAGCUUAAAGCAUAAUCCCAAUGGGCGAUUUGUUGUUGUUUGUGGAGAUGGAGAGUACAUCAUAUAUACAGCUUUGGCUUGGAGAAAUAGAUCAUUUGGUUCAGCGCUGGAAUUUGCCUGGUCAACUGACGGAGAAUAUGCUGUCAGAGAGAGUACAUCAAAGAUUAAAAUUUUCAGUAAAACUUUCCAGGAAAAGAGGAGUGUCAGACCAACUUUUUCUGCUGAGCGUAUAUAUGGAGGAACUUUAUUGGCAAUGUGUGCAAACGACUUUAUUUGUUUCUAUGAUUGGGCUGAAUGCAGAUUGAUCCGAAGGAUUGAUGUUACUGUAAAAAAUCUUUAUUGGGCUGACAGUGGUGAUUUGGUGGCAAUUGCUAGUGAUACAUCAUUCUACAUUCUCAAGUACAAUCGCGACGUAGUUUCAUCUUUUCUAGACAGUGGGAGACCUGUGGAUGAACAAGGUGUUGAGGAUGCCUUUGAGCUUCUUCAUGAAACAAAUGAGCGUGUCAGGACAGGUUUAUGGGUUGGGGAUUGCUUUAUUUACAACAACUCCUCCUGGAGACUUAAUUAUUGUGUUGGAGGAGAGGUAACCACGAUGUUUCAUUUGGACCGGCCAAUGUACUUAUUGGGCUAUCUUGCUAGUCAAAGUCGGGUGUAUCUUAUAGACAAAGAAUUCAAUGUUAUGGGGUAUACUUUACUUCUUAGCUUAAUAGAGUACAAGACUCUUGUGAUGCGUGGGGACCUGGAAAGAGCCAAUGAAAUUUUGCCUUCAAUUCCUAAAGAGCAUCAUAACAGUGUGGCUCGUUUCUUGGAAUCACGUGGUAUGAUAGAGAAUGCUCUGGAAGUAGCUACAGAUCCUGAUUAUAGAUUUGAGCUAGCUAUACAGCUUGGUAGACUGGAGAUUGCCAAGGAAAUAGCCACUGAAGUACAAAGUGAGUCAAAGUGGAAGCAGCUAGGAGAAUUGGCUAUGUCUACUGGAAAGUUAGAAAUGGCCGAGGAAUGUAUGAAGCAUGCAACAGACUUGAGUGGUUUGUUGCUUUUAUAUUCUUCUCUAGGGGAUGCUGAAGGAAUUUCAAAACUGGCAUCUUUGGCACAAGAACAGGGGAAGAAUAAUGUUGCAUUCCUUUGUUUGUUUAUGUUGGGCAAAUUGGAAGACUGCCUCCAGCUUUUGGUGGAAAGCAACCGGAUACCUGAGGCGGCUUUAAUGGCUCGAUCUUAUCUUCCAAGCAAAGUUCCGGAGAUUGUAGCAAUUUGGAGAAAAGAUCUAAACAAGGUUAACCCCAAAGCUGCAGAAUCUUUGGCUGAUCCUGAUGAGUAUCCAAAUUUGUUUGAUGAUUGGCAAGUCGCUUUGUCCGUAGAAGCUAGAGUUGCAGAAACAAGGAGUGUUUAUUCUCCUGCAGAGGAAUAUUUAAAUCAUGCUGACAGAUCUCACAUAACCCUUGUGGAGGCUUUUAGAAACAUGCAAGUAGAAGAGCCUCUUGAAAAUGGAGAUUACAAUCACGAGGCUGCAGAGGAAAAUGGAGAUGAGUUGAUAACUGAGGAACGCAAUGGAGAUGAGCAGAUAUCUGAGGAACAUAAUGGAGAAGAAGAGAGCCAAGAGGAAGCUGUUGUGGUGGAUGCUGAUUCUACGGAUGGUGCAGUACUUGUCAAUGGAAGCGAGGCUGAGGAAGAGUGGGGUACGAAUAAUGAGGGAACCCCGUCAGCCUAAAAGCAUUUGGUUGGGGCAGUGUGAAAAUCCAAAUUUUGUCUCUGUGCUUACGCCACAUAACUAGGUCCUCUUGAAAACAGAUGGUUCGAGUUACGAUAAUCCCUUACAUAAGGUGAGAAACGCCUCUAUUAAUAUCAAGCUAGGUUUGAGUAGCGAGGAGUACAAUUUGCAUUUGAGCAUCGGUGCUUGCAAUUGUUGUGUAGUUGGAAAAUACUGGAGAAAUUCAUCAGGAAGUGAGAGACCAGAAAAUUGGAGUUGUGAGAAUCAUAUGAAAAUUGGAACUUUGUAUACAUUAGAUGUGACAUGCAAUGAUUAUUAGUUCAUGCAGCACUUGAGUAUUGUUUGUACCCGAAAUGGAUAUGUAUUUUGCUGUUAGCCAUUAAGCGUCUGCACUGGCUUGGGUGCGUGCAUUAAUAGGGUUGACAAUAAAUUUUUUGUAGAGCAUUUAAAAACUUUGAUUGAAUUUAUUUCUUCUUUUUGGUUGA